AUUACGGACCCGGAGCGUUCAGUGUUUUAGCCUCCACUGUGUUCUGGUCCUCAUUAUCUUCUCUACUAGAAACCGUUCAAAUGCUGGAAUGGAUGGGCGCUGUGUGCAUCAUCCUCGUCCUGGUGGUCUCAGCCUGGCCAGUGUUGAAGCGCUUAGCGGAGGCAUGCACUUCAGACACCGAGCACAAAGUGCAGGGUCCAGGUGCAGCAGCAGGAGCAGGAGCAGCUCCGCCGCUGGCGUUCAUCUGCAAACCCUCCGCACUGGCCAACUACCUGCUCCAGCACUGCAAGAGCUUCUGCAAACCCGACUCGAUCCCGGCGUGGAGCUGGAGGAGUGUCCCCUCUUUCCAGACCGUGUUUGGUGCUCUGUGGCCGCGCGACUCCACCGUCCAUUUCGUCCGAGAUCACUUACAGCUCAGUGACGACGGGCUGGUGGCUUUGGACUGGGCUGUUGGUGGUGGUGGUAGUGGGACACAUCACAAGAGGAGGAGGACUUCCAGUAAUUCCACCAGCCCCAUUCUCCUAAUAAUCCCCAAUUCUUUUGGGAAGAUCACCAGGAAUGUACUGAAGCUCUGUGAGGUGGGUCUGACUCAUGGCUACCUCCCCGUGGUCUUUAACCGCCGCAGUCAGAAUGGCACACCCCUCAGCACUGUUAAACUGCAGCAGUUUGGUGACCCGGCCGAUCUGAGGGAGGCGGUGCGCUACAUCCGUUACCGGCAGCCGGCAGGCCGUAUUUACGCUGUGAGUGAAAGCACAGGCUCAGGCCUCCUCCUCUCGUACCUGGGAGAGUGCGGCUCCUCCAGCUACAUGACUGCUGCUGCUUGCCUCUCCCCCAUCUUCCGCUGCCAGGGCUGGUUCGAAAGUGGUCCUACCUGGCCAUUUAAUUGGGCCCUUUUGCUCUACCAGAAGAUCUGCCUCAGCAGGUACAGAACAGUGCUGGGUGAGUUGAUCCACACUGAAAGCCUGUUCUCCAGCAGCUCACUGAGGGCCAUGGAGGAGGUGCUGUUCUGCCAGGCUGGCCUGAAGGGGGCGCAGGUAGAGGGGGCCUGGGAGGCCUACUGGGAGCGAAAUGACCCGUUGAGGGACGUGGAUGAGGUGGCCAUCCCCGUGCUGUGCAUAUGUAGCCGAGACGAUCCUGUCCGUGGUGAGCCUCAAGCCACGCUACCCUGGGAGCUCUUCGAGACCAACCCUCACUUCUUCCUGCUGCUAACCGCUCUCGGAGGCCACUGCGGCUUCUCCUUCCCCGAGGAAGGCCCUGUGCUCUGGAGCCACCAGGCUGUUCUGGAGUUCUUUAGAGCCACCACGGAGUUCUUCGCUGCUGAGGAACGGGCCAAGCAGGCGGCUAGACGGAGAGGGCUUAGCGCUGUUGGGAAGACUUUCCGUCAUCGCAGUGUAAGCACCUGCAAGAGGCUGCCUGCCUGCUCCCACAACAUCCACGCCAUCUACAACUGGCAGCGAUCCUACACCAGAUGAUGAGCGCUGACGUCUCUUAGGCUUGGAAAAGCGGCAAACUGUGGACCAAUGGUGCAAUGACAAUCAGAACAUUCUAAGCAUAUGUUAGAGAUUUGCUUUGAGGAGUCGUUGACCGACAAUGCAACUUUUUCAUUGACAAACAUUUUCGUUUUGCAGAUAUACAACCACCUACACCAAAGGGUUUUUUUCAUACAUUUAGUCCUUUUUGGAUGCGUUGAGCACUUCAUUCCAAAAUCUAGAAAGUCAUCAUGUAAAAAAGCUCUACUUUACAGAUUUACUGCAAUGGUGCUUCCAGUAUUUCAUUCCCUCAGCCAUUUCUUGUGUUCGUCUGGAAGUCUGCAAAUGUAUUUGAUGGUCUCGCUGCCUUUGAAACGUUACACACGUAAAAUGAUAAACAAAGCAGCUCCCAAAGACCUUAGAUACAAAUUUUCCGUGAGGCAGUCCUCUCUGUUUGAGAAGCCUCUGGAAGAGGAAACAAGAAUAAUAAUGAGCUGAAAUGUUAUCACAACUCCUUUACAUUGUACUAUUGUUUUUGGAGACUGGCAGGAUAUUUAUAAUUGUCUCGUUGAUGUAUGUUGUAUGUGAAUAGUUGUCUGAACUGCUGGGUUUUUUGUAUACCACACUGAGGUUUGCAGGGUAAUAAUUUUCUUGUUGGAAUGGGUGGAACUAGCUUAUGACUUAUCACUGAAAACUCGAAUGCUGGAUGGUAU